UUGUUUAGCAGAAUGGGUUUGUGUUGUUGUUGUAGCAUUGCAUUGUUUUGUUCUUCAUUAUUGAAAGGGUAAGGGUAAGAGUGUUCUGAGACUAUAUUAGUUUGGUUUAGCAGGGAUGAGGGUCUUCAUUGUUUGCUGAAGAACCCUAGAAUUAGCAUUUCUAACAGAAUUCAUUUGUUUUUUUUUUUAAACGAAAUUGCUUUUCGGAGAAGCCCUUUUGAAUUCAAGUUCUUUUUGUUGACAUGACUCAGAGGAAUUUUCUAGUUUUUGGAUAUUGAUUGGCUAAAUGGCUGGUUGGUUGGCUGAUUGAUUGAUUGAAGUUGUUGUUGGCUCAAGAAUUUGUUGUGUUAAGAAGUGAAAGUUGUACGGAGAGAACAUAUAAAACCCUAAUUUUUUUCAGUGUACAUAACAUUUUGGAAAAUUUUUGGUUUGAAAAUUUUUGAUUGACCCAAAUAGUUUUUGUAUUUCGCGGGUGGAUGUGAGUGGGAUUUUAAGAAAGGGAGAGUGUGUUGAAGGUGAAAUUUGGUGGGUUUUUGAAGAAACUGAAAGUCGCUGUUUAGUGAUUGCUUUUUGAGGGAAUAUAGGAACUUACGUGGAAGAAGAAUUUGUUUUUGUUUUCUUCUAUGUGAUCAUGUUUAGUAAUCGUGAUGGAAAGAAGUGAGCCUGCGUUAGUGCCAGAAUGGUUGAAAAACAGCGGAAGUGUCACUGGUGGUGGCAGUGCAAGCCACCAUUUUGCGUCACAGAAUUCGUAUUCAGACGAUCAUUUUGUGUCGAAACAUGCAAGGAAUAGGUCAUCUCUGAGCAGUGAUUACAAUAUAGGCCCCACAGUUGGUUCUGAUAGGUCUACUUCUUAUUUUCGCUGGAGUACUAGUAGUAACGGUUCUAGUCACCUGCGAUCAUAUAGUAAUUUUGGUAGAAAUUACCAUGAUAGGGAUUGGGAGAAGGACAUUAACAAUCAUUGUGAUACAGAUAAAUCAGGUUUGGGGAAUCGACAGUGCUAUGAACUUCCUGACGCACUGGGUAGCAUCUUACCAAGUAGGUUUGAGAAAGAAAAAUUACAACAUUCGCAGUCUAUUGUUACUGGAAAACAGGGUGAUAUGUGGCAAAGGAAGGUGGCAGGUGACUUGACCAAUUCCAAUAGAGGCAGUUACAACAAUGCCAAAGGUUUUUUAAACCGCAGUAGUGUUAUUAGCAAUGUGGACAAAACUGCAUUUGAACGGGAUUUCCCCUCACUUGGAGUUGAAGAAAGACAAGGUGGCUCAGAAAUUGGAAGAGUCUCAUCUCCUGGAUUGAGUACUGCCAUUCAGACAGCACAGACUAUUGGAGGUGAUGUCUGGACUUCUGCACUAGCAGAGGUACCAGUGAUUAUAGGAAGCAGGAGUACUACAUCUAUGCAGCAAAAUGUUUCUGUAACCUCUGUUUCUGUGUCUCCAGCCCCUUCAACGGGGCUCAAUAUGGCUGAAACAUUGGUUCAGGGUCCUCGAGCUCAAACGCUUCCCCAGUUGUCUGUUGGAACUCAGAGGCUUGAAGAGUUGGCUAUUAAGCAAUCAAGGCAACUAAUUCCCAUGACUCCAUCCAUGCCUAAAACUUUGGUGGUCAGCCCUUCUGAGAAAUCAAAAGCCAAGGUUGUGCCGCAGCAGCAGCAUCCAUUGCACACUGUCAAUAACAUUCGUGGGGGGCCUGUAAGAUGUGAUAGUCCUAAAACAUUUAACGAGGCCAGGCUUUGUGUCCUGAAACCAUCUCGUGAAGUGAACAGUGUCUCUUCAACCACAAAGGAUAGUUUAAGUCCCACUAACAUAAGCAAAGUAGUGAUUAGUCCACAUGGCACUUCAUCGCCUUCUGGUUCUGUUCCCUUUAGGAGCUCAGGCAACAGCCCAAAAAAGGGUGCCGAACGCAGUUCUGGUCCUCUCCGUGCAACCAUUGAGAAGAGACCAACAUCUCAAGCUCAGAGCAGGAAUGAUUUUUUCAACCUCUUGAAGAAGAAAUCUUCUACAAACUCAACUUCUACUGUCCCAGAUUCUUCAUCCGUGUCAGAAAAAUCUGGUGAAAUUGUUACAGAAGAUGCUGGUGAAUCUGUUCCUCUUCAGGUUUCGGCGGAUUCUUCCCCAUUGUCAACCAACAAUAGUGGUGGAAUAACCCAAAAUGGUGAUGCUUAUGAUGGAUCUCAGGUACGUCUUGGCAAUGGAGAGAAACAUUUGAGCCCUGAUAUGGUCCUUGAUCCUGAUGAGGAAGAGGCUGCCUUUUUGCGAUCACUUGGUUGGGAGGAAAAUGCUGGUGAAGAUGAAGGCCUCACCGAGGAGGAGAUAAGCACUUUUGUUAAGGAGUACAUGAAAUUGAGACCGUCCUCGAAGCUUCUCCACGGAAUAUUGGCCAACCAUGCCAUUUAACCCGCAGGAUAGAUGCAGUGGCGGUGCUUUGACUCACUGAGAGGUUUUAUGAAUUGAAAGAAAGAAAAUUGUGGUUUGUUUUCUUGGUUCUUCGAUUUCUUUUAAAGAGGUACAAAGGUUUGCAGAAGAGGGGAUAGGAAUAGGUUUUGUUUUGGUGUUGAGGAUAAAUAGUAAUAGAAGAUGGGGUUUCUCUUCUGAGUUUUUUCUGUGAGGGGGCACAAUUACUGAAAAAGAAAAGAAGGUAGGUUUAGUUUUGUUUUGAUGUUUAUAUUUGGAAAAAUAAUGCCAUUAUUCUUUUAUAGACAAUUGAUUCCAUCACCCCAUUUAUGUUUAUUUUGUUUAGUAAAGGUUUUAAGAAUAUGAACGGUAUUCCUUUUCAUUACGAUAUUCUUGAUGGUUUUAAGAA